AUGUCCGCAGAGGUUCUUACUGAGGAGUUUGAGGUACUUGAAUCCAUAUACCCUACAGAGCUGUCCAUUGUUUCGGACAGGGAGAUCCAGAUCGAUGUCGAGCCUGAUGAAGCGAUAGAUGGCGAGCAUCCCCUUCAAACUACAGCUAUCCCGAUCGAGGGUGAACUCGAAGACGCUGAGCGUGAAACUCUACUGGAGAGUCUUACGGAAGUUGGCGAAGAGAAUAUCGGCAUGGCCAUGACAUUCACCCUUGUCUCUCAUCUUAGAGAACAGAUGGCGUCCCUCGUUCGUAAAAGGGCAGAUCAACUCCUGGCUGAGGAAACAGAGAAGGAACGCGUGGCAAUUGAGGCGGAAGAAGCGAGGACUCGCGGAACCCCAGUUACAGUGGAGUCGUUUAAGGCAUGGAAGAUUAAAUUUGCCCGCGAGAUGGCGCAAAAGAAGGCAAAAGACGAAGAAGAAAGGCUACGCGCACUCUCGCCAAAAGAGAGGGAAGAAUGGAAACGUGCAGCAACUCGACCUACUGGUCGCCAAUUAUUUGAGAAAAACAAGAACUUGGAGCACGAUGAUGACAGUUUCGUGGAAGAAGGCACCGUUUCUGUUGAUAUUAGCCAGUACGACAGGAGCCAGCUGCGCGCAGAUGAAGAUGAAGAUGAUGAUGGAGUGCAUUUUAGCGAUAGUGAUUAG